CAACCAAUAAUAUAACGUCUAGGUCUGGUUGCCAGGCAGAUUAUGCUAAUAAAUCCCCGCCUUCUAUGCUGCUCCCACUCUGCGGCGGGAAGAACCACCUGGAGGUGGCGGGGGGGGGUUUGAUUUCCAUCACCCCUAGGGAGAGAGGACCGGGGACCCGCUGAUCUUCCAGCUCCCCUCACCCAACGUCGUCACCUUGCAGAGGGAGCGUGUGCUGUUCCUGAGUGCAUACGUGGUAGACAGAUGAGUGUUGUCUGCCCUGUGCUGCUCUAGAUGCCCCGUCUUGGAGUGCCCAGUGGAGAAGAGAUGGACUCCAAAGCUGAAAACUCACACGUGUGGCCCACAGCUGCAGAGCACGAGCAGAACACUGCACAGGUGCACUUUGUUCCGGACACUGGAACUGUGACCCAGAUCGUCUACACUGAUGAGCAGGGUCGUCCACCCCAGCAGGUGGUGUACACGGCAGACGGCGCCUCCUACACUUCAGUGGAUGGCCCGGAGCACACGCUGGUUUACAUCCAUCCUGUGGAAGCUGCGCAGACUCUGUUUACAGACCCAGGCCAGGUCACAUAUGUCCAACAGGAUGCUACAGCUCAGCAGGCCUCUUUACCAGUACAUAACCAGGUGUUGCCUUCAAUUGAGAGUGUGGACGGCUCAGAUCCUUUAGCAACUCUCCAGAAUCCCAUUGGGAGAUUGGAGGCAAAGGAGGAAGAGGAAGAGGAUGAGGAUGAGGGUACUGAAGAAGAUGAGGAGGAAGAUGGUGAAGACACAGACCUGGAUGACUGGGAACCAGAUCCACCUCGGCCCUUUGACCCUCAUGAUUUAUGGUGUGAGGAGUGUAAUAAUGCACAUUCGUCAGUGUGCCCAAAACAUGGCCCCUUGCAUCCGAUCCCCAACCGGCCCGUGCUCACAAGGGCCAGAGCCAGCCUCCCCCUGGUCCUCUACAUAGACAGGUUCCUGGGAGGGGUCUUCUCCAAGAGGCGCAUUCCCAAGCGCACCCAGUUUGGCCCUGUGGAGGGACCCCUCGUCAGGGAGUCUGAGCUGAAAGAUUGUUACAUUCACCUAAAGGUUUCUCUUGAUAAAGGGGACAGAAAAGACAGGGAUUUGCAUGAAGACCUGUGGUUUGAGUUAUCUGAUGAGACUGUUUGUAACUGGAUGAUGUUUGUACGCCCAGCCCAGAACCACCUGGAGCAGAACCUGGUGGCUUACCAAUAUGGCCACCACGUGUAUUAUACAACAAUAAAGAACGUAGAGCCCAAGCAGGAACUUAAGGUGUGGUAUGCUGCAUCAUAUGCUGAGUUUGUCAACCAGAAAAUUCAUGACAUUUCUGAGGAGGAAAGGAAAGUUCUUCGAGAGCAAGAGAAGAAUUGGCCCUGCUAUGAAUGUAACCGUCGAUUUAUAAGCUCGGAGCAGUUACAACAGCAUCUCAAUUCGCAUGAUGAGAAACUGGAUGUGUUUAGCAGAACUAGAGGCAGAGGAAGGGGACGAGGCAAGAGGCGAUUUGGCCCAGGUCGACGGCCAGGGCGCCCUCCGAAAUUUAUCCGCUUGGAAAUAACCAGUGAAAAUGGAGAAAAGUGUGACAAUGGGACACAGGACUUGCUACAUUUUCCCAGCAAGGAGCAGUUUGAUGAGGGCGAACCAGCUACCCUGAAUGGGCUGGAUCAGCCGGAACAGACCGCUAUCCCAAUGCCUCCGCUGCCACAGGAAGGCCAGUCUUCUUUGGAACGUGAGCCCGAAACGCACUCCCUGCAUCUGCAGCCACAGCUGGAAGAGAGCGUGGUGCCCACGCCGAGUGCGCUGACUGCGGACGACAUGCGUAGAGCCAAGCGCAUCCGAAAUGCAGCCCUUCAGCACCUGUUUAUUCGGAAGUCUUUCCGGCCUUUUAAAUGCUUGCAGUGUGGGAAGGCCUUCCGUGAAAAGGACAAGCUGGACCAACACUUGCGCUUCCAUGGGCGGGAGGGGAACUGCCCUUUGACCUGUGAUCUCUGUAACAAGGGCUUCAUCAGCAGCACGUCCUUGGAGAGCCACAUGAAGCUCCAUUCUGACCAGAAGACUUACUCUUGCAUUUUUUGCCCAGAAUCCUUUGACCGCCUUGAUUUGUUGAAAGAUCAUGUGGCCAUUCAUAUCAAUGAUGGCUACUUCACCUGCCCAACUUGUAAAAAACGUUUCCCAGAUUUUAUCCAGGUGAAGAAACACGUGCGCAGCUUCCACUCAGAAAAGAUAUACCAGUGUACAGAGUGCGACAAGGCCUUCUGUCGUCCGGAUAAACUGCGCCUGCACAUGCUCCGACACUCGGACCGCAAAGAUUUUCUGUGUUCUACGUGUGGGAAACAAUUUAAGCGAAAAGACAAACUACGGGAACACAUGCAAAGGAUGCACAACCCUGAGAGGGAGGCCAAGAAGGCCGACCGCAUCAGCCGCUCCAAGACUUUCAAGCCGCGCAUCACGUCCACAGAUUACGACAGCUUCACGUUCAAGUGCCGCCUGUGCAUGAUGGGCUUCCGCAGGCGAGGCAUGCUGGUAAACCACUUAUCAAAGAGGCACCCAGACAUGAAGAUAGAAGAGGUGCCAGAGUUAACUCUGCCUAUCAUAAAACCCAACCGCGAUUACUUUUGUCAGUAUUGUGAUAAGGUAUAUAAAAGCGCCAGCAAGCGGAAAGCGCACAUUCUGAAGAACCACCCAGGAGCUGAGCUCCCACCAAGCAUUCGCAAACUUCGUCCGGCUGGUCCUGGAGAACCUGACCCCAUGCUGAGUACCCACACCCAGCUCACAGGCACAAUAGCUACCCCUCCUGUCUGCUGUCCUCACUGCUCCAAACAGUACAGCAGCAAGACCAAGAUGGUACAGCACAUUCGAAAGAAGCACCCAGAGUAUGCCCAGCUCCCCAACACUAUACAUGCGCCCUUGACCACAGCUGUGAUCAGUGCUACCCCGGCUGUCUUAACUACAGAUAGUGCCACUGGGGAGACUGUGGUGACAACCGACCUGCUCACUCAAGCAAUGACAGAACUGUCCCAGACCUUAACAACAGACUACCGGACCCCACAAGGAGAUUACCAGAGAAUUCAGUAUAUCCCCGUGUCGCAGCCCACCUCGGGUCUUCAACAGCCUCAGCAUAUCCAGCUUCAAGUGGUGCAGGUGGCCCCGGCUACUUCACCUCACCAGUCUCAGCAGUCCACUGUGGACGUCGGCCAGCUCCAUGACCCUCAGACAUACACCCAGCAUGCCAUCCAGGUGCAGCAUAUCCAGGUCACUGAGCCCACCACCUCUGCUCCUUCGUCAUCCCAGGUAGCUGGGCAGCCAUUGAGUCCCUCUGCCCAGCAGUCCCAGCAAGGGCUCAGCCCCUCGCACAUCCAAGGCAGUUCCUCAGGCCAAGGUCAGUCUCUUCAACAGCAGCAGCAGCAGCAGAGUUCAUCUGUACAACACACAUACCUACCCAAUGCUUGGAAUUCCUUCCGUGGCUAUUCGUCUGAGAUCCAAAUGAUGACCCUUCCCCCUGGUCAGUUUGUGAUUACAGAUAGUGGUGUGGCAGCUCCUGUCACCGCUGGCCAAGUAAAGGCGGUCACUCCGGGUCAUUAUGUGUUAUCAGAAAGUCAACCAGAAUUGGGGGAAAAGCAAACCUCUGCCCUUUCCAGUGGAGUCCAGGUUCAGCCAUCUGUACACAAUGACUCCUUGGACCCCCAGACAACCAGCCAACAACAGACCACGCAGUACAUCAUCACAGCCACCACCAAUGGGAACGGAAGCAGUGAAGUGCACAUCACUAAACCGUAACUCUCGUCCGAGAGAGAGAAUCAGUCAUAUCUCUUCUCAUUCAUCACGUCUGAAAGUUUCUGACACUUAGAACCCUGUUUUUAAAAAUUUAUUACUCACCCAAGAGUUGGAAACUACAAUUUUGACAUUCAGAUAGACGGUGAGGUUUAUUUCACCAAGGUCAGCUUUACCAAAUUGAGUCUUCAAACCCUAAGGGGUUUCUGCCACGGAAUAGAGGUCUUUCAGGGGAAAGGAGAUUUCAAGAUGGAGAAGCUUUGCCCUGCUCUUGAGUUGGUUUUUUAACACAUUGAUAAGCCUUACUUUUCCUUUAUGGAACUCUUAAGUGGCAUGCUGUAUUCAUGCGAAAAGUGGAGAAAAGAUGUACCAAUUGAACAGUCACUGGACUUCUCAGUUCUAAGCCGUGGCAGUAAAAGAGGAGUAGCAUUUUACGGGCUUGAAUUAGAUCGAAACUGCUUUAUUUGUGAUGUUGAGUUUCCAGUGAUUUAACAAAGGGAGCCUAUUGAAUAUGGAAAUAAAAAUGAUGAAACAAAGGUUUGGUAGUGACGUUCUGAAGGAAAACUGUCAUUUAAAUUUUUCUUAUUGUUCACUUUUUUUUUUAAACUUUCCCUUUUUCUGAAAACUUUGUUGGGUUGUUGGGAAUGCUUACCAUAGAUUCUGGCCCUCCCAGCUGAUGAGGUUAGAACCUUAACAUGCAGGUAGUGGUCACUCCACAAAGGUGGAUUUUCUGGAAGAGAAAGUGUCCUGAUGUCAGCAAAAUUUAAACCUCUGCAUUAAAGUUUUGCCUUCCGUUCUCUGAUUGUGGUCGCAUUAAAAAAGAGAGAUUGAUACAAGAACAAUUAUUGAAACAAUCAUAUAUAUAUAUAUAUUUUCUUUUUAAGUGGAAAAAAACAAAAACACUGGAACUGUGUCACUGCCUUACAGGACCCAGCUACCAUUCACUGGUGAAGGAUAAAUUCCUUGCCUUUACCAUUCAACCCUUGCUCAUAGCAUUCGAUGUAUUUUAGUACUUUUAAUGCUAUCUUAAAACGAACAUUCCUUAAGGUUGGAUGACAAGGUGAUCUUCCUUAUAUCUUACACUUUAAACUCACCUGGACCUUUUUGUAAGAUGACCAACUUCACACUUAGGGGAAAAAUUAAAAUAUGUGGGGACCAUUUAUAAUAUGUUAAGGGAUCUGGAAGAUAUCUAAUCUUUAUGAAUAGUACACUGUUAGUUGGGAGAGGAAAAAAAACCUGUCUCAGUAACAGUUUUUCCUAUAUGUGCUCCUUGCUUGCCGUGAAUUCAACAGAGGAAAAUGAUAUUUUCCUUCUUUUUACUGUACAUUCCGAUUGUAUGCAUAAGACAUCUCAGAAAUCAGUAUAUAUUUUAGUAACUUUUUGUGACAUAGUUACUAACACAUUUUUAAAUAUAAUUAUUGCACAGCAGAAUUUAUCACUACAGAAUGGGAACACCUAACUUCAAAUGAAGUUAACUAAUUUAAUUUACAUUUCUGGGUAAACUUGGUUCUAUAAAUCAAGAAACAUAGUAGCUUCUUUAUGGUAAAGAUACUUUUCUGAAUACUAAACAGUUCUGCUGAAAUAACUUUACUAAUAUAGAGAUUUUGCACUUUAUUUUCGAGACCUCAUUUAGUCUCCUAGAAAAUUUGGGUACUAAGAGAACUUGAGAAAGUUACUUGGUAAAUAUGUGGAAACUGAAAGUAGACUCUAGAUCUUCUUUGGUGACAAAGAUAUUGAUGUUUUCAACAGAAAAUAUUGAUGUGGAGCCACAAAAUAGAGACUCUGGGUCACAAAGUCCCACCAAUAUAAUGAUUGUAAAUUCCCUAAUGUUUGCUUACCUGUUCCAGUCUAGGAAAGAAUCGCUAGGUGAAGAAUAUUAGACUUUCCAAAAGGUCCAGUUUUAGUCUUUAUAACUUAAAUUUGGUCCCUCUGGGUCCUUUUUAAUUUGAACCAGCCAGGUAUCUCUCCCUCCCUCGAAUAAUUUAUUGAUUAAAAUGGAAACGUUUCACUGAAUGGAAUGUUCGUUUUCUGCCAGUUAUUUCAAGUUUUAAAAUACACAGAGAAAAAUACUGUGGGAGGACCUCUUUGUCUCUUUCCCUUCUAGUUUUUUUUUUCCCCCUGUUUUCCUUAUAUAGAAUAAGUAAAGACGCUAAAAUUAAUUUGUAUAUUUUCAACCGAAAUGCGUGUUGCAGUCAAGUCAAAUAACAUUGCUUUAAGAUCAAGUAUUCUCCACAUUCAUCCUGAGGUAACAGAUUUCCAGAAGGACUUGAAUUUGAAGAGAUGGGAGAUGCUAAGCCAUCUGAAGACCCAAUUUGGAAAAAAAAAAAAAAUGUAGCCAAUGUUUAUAUUGUGGCCUCUCUCAAGGUACUUUGGCACUGUAGAAUUCAUUCAGUGCAGGGUGAAAAUUUUGGGGUAGGUUACAUAUAGAUUUUAUAUUUUUAUUGUUUGAUUUGUGCCCACAUAAAUAGACAUUUCAUCAUGUAAAAUUCCUGCUAUUCUGGAAAAACCUAUUGUUUUGAUCUUCUCGUUGAAUUGUUUUCUAAUUUGGAAUUGUCCUUUUAAAAACUCAGAACUAGGGCUAAAAAGCACUUCAUGAGAUGCUAAAGCUGAUGUACUGGUUGACAGUGUUAACCCUGUCCUGUUAUUGAAAUGUGAACAUUUAUUGUACAUUCAGUGAGCUAUAGUGUUAAUAGUCUUGUGCUAUCCAGCAGGUGUAAAAAUUAAUAAAUAUUUUUUUUAAUAAACAAGUUUCUUGUUUGUAUAUGCAAAGCUGUAACAGCUACUGAGAUGUUCAAAUUUUUUUUUUUUAAGUAUUCCAAUUUACAGUGUUUUGACUCCAGCUCACUUCAGUCUGAUCACAGACCGAAGGUAAGGGGGUUUAUGAUGACAACUCUGGAAUGCUGUUUCCCCGGCCAUUUGUACUUAGUGAAUUCUAAUUAAAGAAUCUCCCAAUAGAGUGACUCCGAGUGGCAGAGGACAAGGGCAUGCGUGGAGCCAGUAAUGGGGCAGAGACUGUGUUUUAUUUGUAAAUAGGUGGUUUCCAACAAGGGAGGAACAGCUCCAAACCUAUUAGCGCCGUCAGUCAGGUUCUUUGACGUAUUUUCCAUCCACCCAGGAGAAGUGAAUGUAUCUGCAGGACUGACGGGAGCCGUUCUAGAUAAAAAUCAGCGAAUAAGAAAACAAGGACCUAGAUACAAGGGGAACA